AUGGCGGUUCAAUUAGACCCUGCCCAACAGGCCUAUAAUGCGACUAGAAUCCCUGAUCCCAUCAAGAUUAUUCCAAAUUAUGAUGGUGAUAAAACUUCUCUUCACAGAUGGAUUCAAACAGUCGAAAAUACCUUAAAUAAUUUCAAUCAGUUAAGAGAACUCCCUGUGUUUCAAUUAUAUGUCCAAGUUAUACGUGAUAAAAUAAUCGGCGAUGCCGAUCAAGCGUUAAUUGCUAAAAACAUUCCAAUUAAUUGGAAUCAAAUAAAAGAAUGUCUCAUUCUUUAUUUCGGUGACAAUCGAGAAAUAUCGACUAUCACCCAAAAAAUUCCAUAUCUAAAUCAAGGCGAAAAAAACUUGGAAGAAUUUUAUCAUGAAACCAACACUCUUGUUGCAGACAUUAGUCAGAAAAUUUCACUCGAUCCUCUGAAUGUCGGGCAUGUCCCAGCAAUCAUGAGAGUCCUUGAACCCAUCAUUAUGACAGGUUUUAUCGAUGGCUUAAAUGGAAACUUAUCUAACUUAGUCAGAAGUCAUCAACCUCUGACAAUGGUUGAAGCAUAUAAGGCAGCCCUAACACAUGAGCAAGCCUUUCUUAGGAAUAAAGAGCGAGCUGCAAGAAAUAAUGCAACAAAAUUGCAAAAACGAGCUCCGAAUCCUCAACCACAAUACAGAGCUAAACAAAAUUCAAAUGCUCAAUCCCAACCAAAUCAAAAUUUCUAUUUAAAUCAACCACAGAAAUUUAACCCAAGACCAAAUUAUCAAAACCAAAGACCACCACAAAGACCACAGAAUUACCAAAGUUUCCAAAAUCCACAAGCUUACCAAAAUCCACAAGCUUACCAAAAUCCACAAGCUUACCAAAAUCCACAAGCUUUCCAAAACCCUCAAGUUUCCCAAAAUUUCCAAACCCCGGGACCGUCCAGACAAAAUGUUGAUACGGACGUGUCAAUGAGAACCGUAUCAGCUAGACCAAGCGGAAUGAAUAAUCUUCAUAAUGUUGAAAAUGUCACAGAAGAAUUUUCAGACGACCAACAUUGCGAUUAUUCAACAGACGAAGAUGUUGAAGAUCUAAAUUUUCAAAUGGGAUUCCAAGAUUUCGGCCAAGGCUAA